AUGGAUGAAGGCUCCACUCCAAGCUCCUUCUAUUCAUCGGCUAUGAGUACUUCUAGUUCCCUCGCACCCGGCGACCGUAUUUUGGCUGUUAAAUCCUCUGUUGAUGGCAUUGGUUGGAACGAUCUCUAUCGUGAAACACUAGAAAGCUUCGUCGAACGUUUGGAAGACAUGGAUUUGACAUACAAGAAUAUAUCAACAUAG